AUGCACUCUUCGGUGCCAACUCCGUCGCUGAGCUCCAAGAUCUACAACGCAGUGACAUCGCCGUUCCAAAAGCUCAAGUUGCUUUUCCCAAGAGUGUCUGGAACAUUAGACAUGAACUUCACAACACAAGAUGGACAUCAACUGUUACAUCUGAAAGCUGAAUUUGGUGGACCAGGCAAAGAGUUUGAUACGACAAACUGCGCUACUACCACAUUCCACAAGUUCAAUAAACUUCCCAUUGAGCUGCGAACAAUGAUAUGGAGAUUGUCUUUCAGAAAGCCAAGGAUCUUUAGAUUGGAUCGCAGUCCUGAGGAUGCGGAAAUUGAUUGCACUCGAAUCAUAUUUCCUCACAAACCUCCAGCUUCUGCGCAAGCGUGUCGCGAAUCUCAGGCUCUUUUCAAAGGUGAAGCCAGGCAGUUAUUCGGAGUGAACAGCGGCAUUUACAAAAGUCUUUGGUUUCUACCAUCCACGGACAUCGUCUAUUGGGACCAGGAAAUGGUAUGGGAGUAUUCACUGCCUGGUCCGGGUGAAUUCUACGACGUUUGGAAUGUUGCAGUGAAAUGGCCGGAUAUAGAAGAGUCCGACGUCAAACUAGAUCGGCUGCUCCAAGAUGUUCGAGAGAUGUUUCCCGACAUUAAGAAACUCAUGUUCGUUAUGAGACACCAGCCCCUUCUCGAUACUGAUAUCAGUUUCUUCCAAGUCAAAGACGAUGACGAGAUGCACAUUAUAUGGCAUGGAGGAUGGAGCUCAUGGGGUGGCAUAAGGCGAGAUAUUCAUGAGUAUUGGCCAGAGUGUGAACACGAGGGUCAUACUGCGGUACCAAUGAUGGAGGCUGUUGAGGUGAUGCCUGUUCGUGAUGGAACUCAGAUCCCUUGA